AAGAAAAGAAGUGUUGGCUUUGGCCUUCCUUUAUUAAAACUGGGAGUAGUAGAUACAGCUAUCUGGUCACAGGAAAAAAAAAAUGACAGUAGCAGCAGGAAUCGGGUACGCUUUGCUAGCUUUAGGACCCUCUCUUUCACUCUUCGUCUCUGUUAUCUCCAAGAAACCAUUCUUGAUCCUCACCCUUCUCUCAAGUACACUCUUAUGGCUUAUAAGUCUGAUUGUGCUGUCUGGAGUCUGGAGGGUUUUUCUUCCUUUGAAAACAAAAACAUGGUGGCCUUAUGCUUUACUCAUAGUUACAUCAGUUUGUUUCCAAGAAGGGCUUCGUCUUUUAUUUUGGAAAAUUUACAAGCGGUUGGAGGAUAUAUUGGAUGAUUUUGCUGACAAACUCUCAAAACCACGCUUAUUUUUGACGGAUAAGAUGCUAAUUGCUAUGGCUGGUGGUUUAGGUCAUGGUGUAGCCCAUGCUGUGUUCUUUUGUCUUAGCCUCUUAACACCGGCAUUUGGCCCGGCGACGUUCUUUUUAGAUAGUUGUUCACAAAUACCAUUUUUUCUUGUUUCUGCUAUUAUUGCCCUUGCAUUUGUUACAAUUCACACUUUCUCAAUGGUCAUUGCAUUUAAUGGAUAUGCAGAAGGAAAUAAAGUGGACCAAAUUUUUGUCCCUGUAGUUCAUCUUGUUGCAGGAUUGGUGACACUGCCCAAUUUAGCAUCUGGAGGUUGCGUUGUUGGCAUUCCUCUUCUCUAUUUUAUAGCAAUCUUGACCUUGUUGCAAUGUGGGAAAAUGGUGUGGAGAAGACUAACAGAAAAUAGAAGCACACAGAUGAACACAUAGUGAUUCAGUUUCUGUGAAGUUAUCAUAUUUUUUUCAGGACAGUUUAAUUCACUGUAGAAAUGUAAAGUGACCGCAUCAAAGACUACUAAGUACUUAGCAGAUGAAAGAAAUCUUUUUGUAACUUUUGCUCAUUGUGAAUACAUUGCAGGGUCAAGUAAAUACAUGAUUUCUAAGUCUUAUCAAAGAAAGAGUCAUUGCAAGAUUUCAUAGUA